AAAGGCCAAUCAAAAGUUAGAAUUUUCGAUCCUACUUAAUAUGUAUUACCGGGUGCUUUAUUAUAAAAGAAGAUCCAUUGAAAUUGUAGCACAUCGAUUUGAUUCUUGAACAAAGUAAAUCAUAACUUGUACGAAAAGAAAGAAAAUUUGAAACGAAAAUGCCUCCCAAACCUGGUGUUGCUUCAAAAGGCGGAAAGAAAGCAGGCAAGAAAGCUGGAGUUGGUGGUGAUAAGAAGAGACGAUCAAAACGUAAAGAAAGCUAUGCCAUCUACAUUUACAAAGUCUUGAAACAAGUUCAUCCCGACACUGGUAUUUCCAGCAAAGCCAUGGGCAUCAUGAACUCGUUUGUCAACGAUAUAUUCGAGCGAAUUGCCGGCGAAGCUUCUCGAUUGGCUCAUUACAACAAGAAAUCAACGAUUUCUUCCCGAGAAAUCCAGACUGCUGUUCGUCUGCUCUUGCCUGGAGAGUUGGCAAAACACGCCGUCAGCGAAGGAACGAAAGCCGUGACGAAGUACACAAGCAGCAAGUAAAAAGGUUUCCAAACCUUACUAAAAAAACCGGUUCUUUUAAGAACCAACAAAUGUGUAAAAGAAGUAGACGAAUUCUUGAUUUUACAUAUUCUAAUAAAUUCUGUUCGCCGUUCGCUCAACCCAGCUAACAAAAUAAAAAUCUACGUACCGAGUGGAGAUACAAAUGCCACAAUUGCAUACUGCUGGUACUGAUAUUUCGAGAAAGCUCUAGAUGUUAGAAUGAAAUAGUGUGACGACUUCUGAUUGGUUAAAAACGCGGUUAGGAUUAAAUAUUGCAUGUGGUAGAUAGCAAUUAAAAAGUUCAGAAUGGCCAAAUGUAGCCAGGUUUCUCGCCAAAAAUAGAAGUAUAUUAUUAUAUUCGCGUGGAGUACAUUCCGUG